UCCUUAUAGUCAGAGAGACAACGUACUUGAAGUGUAUUCACAGAAGAAGACGAGAGAUUGAGGUGAAGGUGAAUUCUUACCUUACUUACGUAGUCUUGGCCCCACACGGCCCUUAAGUAGGAUGACCUUGAGAGGACGCCGCGGCGUGGCUGAACUAUUGUUCUUGCAGAGCUUGCUUCUGACUAUCAAAGGUGAACUUCGGUUGACGGGACAACCAGAGCCGGUGGUGGGCUUAGUUGGACAACAAUGUGUCCUUCCAUGUCGCCUGCAGCCAGCAGGAAGCGUUGCUGAUAAGUUGGUGGAGUGGACACGAGCAGACAUGGAUCCCACUUACGUUCUUAUUUACCGUCAAAGGCGUUUGGAGCCUAAGGAGGUAAAUCCAUCCUUCAAGGAAAGGAUGGAGUUGUUUGAACAGGGACCUGAGAAUGGCGACAUGUCCUUGAAGCUGAAUUACCCUAAACUGUCUGACACUGGGACAUACACAUGUAAACUGGUUAUGGAUGUGAGCUCCCAAUUUUCUCUUGAAGUCCCUGUUGUCAUAGGUGCCGUUUCUGAGCCACAGAUCACUCUUGAGAGAUCUUUGGACAAACUCGUUUUUAAGUGUGAAGCGAGAAACUGGUACCCAAAGCCUGAGAUGGAGUGGAGGGACAGCAAAGAGCAAAUCGUCCCUCAUGAAGACAUCAGUCCAGUCCAGGAUGAUGAAUACUUCUCCAUCCUGAGCAGGAUUACAGUGGAGAUGUGGGCAAGUGAUAAUUACACGUGUACAGUUCGACAACUGGACAUUAGAGAAACGAGGAAAACAAAUUUUACAGUUCCAGAAAUCUACAAGAAAUAUGUUUCCCUGGAAAUACAUUUGACUAAUAUUGUUGCGGUGUCAUCAGUAGUGGUCGUGCUGUUCCUUGUUGUAUUGGUUAUACGAGCUGGAAGGAAUAGGCGUCGGAGAACAGAUGAGACUGACGGAGCUGGUAUGCCACUCAGGGAGAGUCAACAGAGUGAAAUCACUCGUCUUCAACAACAAGUGGAACUUCAGGAGAGUGAAAUCACUCGUCUUCAACAAGUGGAACUUCAGGAGAGUGAAAUCACUCGUCUUCAACAAGUGGAACUUCAGGAGAGUGAAAUCACUCGUCUUCAACAACAAGUGGAACUUCAGGAGAGUGAAAUCACUCGUCUUCAACAAGUGGAACUUCAGGAGAGUGAAAUCACUCGUCUUCAACAAGUGGAACUUCAGGAGAGUGAAAUCACUCGUCUUCAACAACAAGUGGAACUUCAGGAGAGUGAAAUCACUCGUCUUCAACAAGUGGAACUUCAGGAGAGUGAAAUCACUCGUCUUCAACAAGUGGAACUUCAGGAGAGUGAAAUCACUCGUCUUCAACAAGUGGAACUUCAGGAGAGUGAAAUCACUCGUCUUCGUCAACAAGUGGAACUUCAGGAGAGUGAAAUCACUCGUCUUCGUCAACAAGUGGAACUUCAGGAGAGUGAAAUCACUCGUCUUCAACAACAAGUGGAACUUCAGGAGAGUGAAAUCACUCGUCUUCAACAAGUGGAACUUCAGGAGAGUGAAAUCACUCGUCUUCAACAACAAGUGGAACUUCAGGAGAGUGAAAUCACUCGUCUUCAUCAACAAGUGGAACUUCAGGAGAGUGAAAUCACUCGUCUUCAUCAACAAGUGGAACUUCAGGAGAGUGAAAUCACUCGUCUUGGUCAACAAGUGGAACUUCAGGAGAGUGAAAUCACUCGUCUUCGUCAACAAGUGGAACCUCUGCAGCAUGAAAGUUGUAGCAAAGUUUCAGCUGACUCUUAAGUCUCCACCGGCGACGAGUGAGUGCAGAGAUGCUUUCUCAAAUGAAGAAAUGCGCGCCUCCAUUCAGUUUAAUUGAUGAAGAGGAUUCUUUUGCUUCUGUACUGAACCUUAUUACCAACAGAUGUUGAUCAUGAACACUGUAAUCACUGGCGCUCUGUUUUUAUCUUUAAUGCAGCAGAAAUUCAAAUCUUUUAGUGUUUAAGUGUCUAAGAACAUUUCCCCCAAGACUUUUCUUGCCGUGAUAGAAAAUCAGCUCUGAGUGACAAUUGAGGUAAAUGGUCAACCAACAUUUGGCUUUAAAGUACAGUAAGAAGUAAAUGUCUAACUUUACAGCUGCAGUUCCUCCAGUGUCCACUAGAGUCUGUCUCCUGCAGUGAGUCAGUCCUCAUAGAGCCCCAUGUUAAAAUGUCUAACUUUACAGCUGCAGUUCACCCAGUGUCCACUAGAGUCUGUCUCAUGCAGUGAGUCAGUC